UAUUAGCUUGAUAAGGAUGUUUUAAUGGCAGCAUGCUGGAUGUCCCAAAACAAACCUAAAUACAGGUUUUCCUUCCACGUAUGAUGAUUAAACUUUGAUACAGUGCCUUGAAGUCUCACUGUAGUUCAUGAUGGAUCUUCCGUGCGUGCAGUGGCAAGAUCACGUUGCACACAAAUGGAGUGGACUGGAUCCUGAGCUAAAGGAAACAUUUCUCUCUCUGCAUGAAAUAGAUGAUGUGUUUAAAUGCGCUUCAAGCCUGGCAAACCAACAGGAUCUGGAUGCAAUUCAAUCGAUCUCUGCAGGACUCUCGGUGAAGAAAGAUGCAGAAGAAGCAGCCAAAUGCAGAGAAAAGGGUAACUCCUGCUUUAAGACAAGAGACUACAAGACUGCAGCUCUGCACUAUUCACAGGGAAUAUGUUUUGCUCCCCAAAGUUCAGAGCAGCUUUCUCUGUGCUAUGCCAAUCGCUCUGCUGCUCUCUACCAUCUGCAACAGUAUCAGGAAUGUCUCUAUGACAUCGACAGAGCCUUGAACACUGGCUAUCCAGCUCAUCUCUCACACAAACUGCAGGACCGUCGUAGUCUCUGCUUGAACCACCUCCCUGUGUCUGUAAAAACAAAAAACGAUGAUAAAUGCAGCAAAAGUCUUACAAUAUCAUCCAGUGAAGCUUUCAGAUUCGGCAUUUGUCCCCAAGUGUCUGUUGGAUGCAGCAAGGAAAAAGGCUGCCACCUGGUGGCUCUGCAGAGGAUCACAGCUGGAGAGGUGAUUUUGAGCGACAGGCCGUUCAGCUGGGUCCUCAUUCCAGGAGUUGAGAAGGUUAAAGGAAACAGUGGACAGGGGCUGGACAUACAGAGGGAAAUUAUGUUUGGAGCAGAGCACAAGCGAUGUCACUGGUGUUUGGCUGAAACUCUAUGUGCCGUGCCAUGCAAGGGCUGCAGCUUCAGCCGAUAUUGCUCAGCUUCUUGUCAGCAGGAAGCCUGGGAAGAGCAUCACCACUGGGAGUGUCCACUAGGAGCAGAGCUUGCUGCGAUGGGUGUAAUGGCGCAGCUUGCUCUCAGGGUAACGCUAAAGGCCGGGAUUGAAAACAUCCACAGAGCAAGGCAGACAAUCCGGGAUGAGCAGAAAAAGUCUGACCAGUAUAAUCCAUACAUGACCGUGUUUCACCUGCUGCAGCAUACGGAGCAUCAGAGCAUUAGUUUGCGUCUCCUGUGUGCAUUUACUGUGGCAACACUUUACCUGAAGCUCAGCAAGGCAGGUCCUCUUCCUACAUCUUGGAAGCUGAGUGAUGCUUCAUCAAUAACCAGCCAAUCUUCAGACGGACCAAAGAAGAAAGGAGGAGACUCAGAGUGGAGCUCAGAGCUGUGGGUUGUGGGAAGUGCAGUUCUGAGGCACAUGCUGCAGCUGAGGUGUAAUGCUCAGGCAGUCAUCACACUGCAAGACACAGGAUCUGAAAACUCUCGAGUGCAGUCUGUGGAGGAAAUUCGAGUUGCCACGGCAAUGUUUCCAACUCUCAGCCUUCUCAAUCACUCCUGCCGUCCCAACACCAGUCUGGUUUUCAGCACCGGAACCGCUGAUGAUCCCGUUGGCUCACAGGACUCCGUAGGUUUCAAUCAGCGUCUCCUUGGGGAAGAAUGGCAGGGCCGGGGAGUCACUGUGACGGUCAGAGCAACCAGAGAUAUCAAUGCUGGAGAGGAGAUCCUGCACUGCUAUGGGCCCAACAGCAACAGGAUGGGGACUGAAGAACGGCGGCGUCUCCUGCAGGAACAGUACUACUUCCUGUGUGAGUGUGAGGCCUGCAGCGACCAGGAGGAGGAGAUGAGGGAGAGCAGCAGGAACGAGUCAGGACUCCUGUGUACAAAGUGCAAAGGAGCUCUUAAAAAAAACAAAGGAAGUGGCUUUUCAUGCUCUCUUUUACCAUGUGGUCAUCAAAUAUCCUCAUCUGAUGUGAACCACAAGCUGCAGGAGUUCAGGGUUGCCUUGGAGAAAGCUGUGGCACUCAUGGAAAAAGAAAAUCCAGUGGAAGCCCUGCACCUCCUGAAAAAGAUCAGCAGUCAGUCUGGACUUCUACUCAGAGAUACUCAUCCGCUGCAGGGGGAGCUGGCUGAUGCCACUGCCAGAGCUUAUGCUUCUUUGGGUGACUGGAAAAAUGCAGCAACCCAUCUAGAGCAAAGUGCUGCAGCUAUCAGCUCCCAGUAUGGAAAAGACAGUCUGGAACUGGGACAGCAGCUCUUCAAGAUAGUUCAGGUCCACUUCAAUGGUGGUGCCAGAGGCCCGGCCCUCUCCGUCAUUCCCAAGGUCAGGCGAAUACUCUCCCUCCACUGUGGUCCUCACUGUCCUGAGCUACAGGAACUGAACGCCUUGGAGGAAUGUCUUCAACGGUCCACAUUCUAAGCUUAAACCCGACUGAUCACACUUAAUAUCGAAAUAUAGUUUUGUAUUUUGUGAAGCGGAAUAAAAUAUUUUCUGACUGUGGGCAUUGUGGC